AGGUCGUGAGAAGGGGAGGACUAGGUGGUGCUGCCAUUUCUACGGUCUUAGGGCUCUGCCCCUUUCGCAGAACUUCCAACAGCGCCAUGUCGGGACAGAGCGUCCGGAGGUUCACAACCUCUGUGGUCCGUAGGAGCCACUAUGAGGAAGGCCCAGGGAAGAAUUUGCCAUUUUCAGUGGAAAACAAGUGGCGAUUACUACUUAUGAUGACUUUGUACUUUGGAUCUGGAUUUGCUGCACCUUUUUUUAUAAUAAGACAUCAGCUGCUUCAGAAAUAAGGAUGUUUUAAUUAAUCCAUCAAACAGAUGUGAAAAGGAACAUUUUAAG